AUGAAGCGGUGGAUGUUGUGUCAAGCCUGCAGGUCUGCUGCAUCACCAAGCUAACCUUCUCAUCCCGCUGUUAAACCGAGUGAUUAUGGCGACGUUUUUCGGUGAAGUUUUGUCCGUGUAUUCUCGGGCUGUGGAGGAAGAUGAAGAGGAUCUCCAAGAAAACGAAGAAGAUGAACAAAUCCGCAGAGAACUUGAGGAAAAGAGGGAGGUUCAUCUUCAGUGGAGCCCUGAAGUCUCAGAGUCCUUGAAGUCCGGAAACAAGUUGCAGUGUACAGACUUCAUCCUCGCUGUGGGACACAAUGCUGCCCGGUUUCUGUCAGUGUACGUUCUCACCUCUGCGAACUGGGACGCAGUGGGACAUGCAUCAGUGUGGAACGAGAGGAGCCGGGCUGUAUCUGGGCAAACCAGCGAGGAGUCGGCGUGUGUUUUCUACAGACAGAAGGACAACCCAUCAGUUUUAAUAUGCCAAGUGACGUGCUACAUCGCAGAGGACCAGCUUUUUCAGUGGACUGAAAGGGUGUUUGAAUGUCUGCAGCUCAGAGAGCUCAACGUGACAGUGUUGUCAGACAGCUCUGUGGCUGAGUACAAGACAGCAGACUAUCUGUGCUGUAGCUCCGCCCCCUUCCUGCGCUCUCUCCACACAGGUGCUUUCAGUGGUAAGCCUGUCUGCCAGUCACUGGAGCAACCCAACAUAGUUACUGGACUCCCAGCUGCAGUGCUGAACCACUGCGAGGUCCACCGCAUCGCCACUGUUGUUUACCAGUGCUACAGUGAUGUCAUUGGCCCUGACUCUGUCACCAUGGAGACCUACAAGCCUGCACUAACUAAGCUUGGCAAGUCCAUCCAGCUGGACCCGUCUCCGAGCACAGACGUCCUUCGCAAGUUUGCCAGAAAUAAUGUUCAGAGUAAUCUUUAUAUCUGAAAAAUUGCCAUGUUGCACACUGUGCAGUGAAAAGUAACUCUAUUUUCCUGUGGUAAAAUACUGACGUUUUUUAAAUAAAGACAAUAUUUUAAAGCC